AUGUCGAGACACUUCAGUCAGCUCCCCGAGGAAAUUAUUCUGGAUAUUUGCAAGAACCUCUCUACCAGCAGCUUGGCAGCUUUCGUCAAAACUUCCUCACGGACCUACCGCAUCGGCCAACCAGUGCUCUACUCACCACAACCUCAUAGCCGAGAGCUACUGUAUGUCAUUAAAUGGUCAGCGACAAACCGCCAGGAACGUACUAUGCACUAUGCCCUCCCUAGGAUUCUACGCUCAGACGAGGAAAUAAGAUUCAGAGCAUUGACGCAAGCUAGUAAAGCUGGUUUUACUGACAUUGUUCGCUCCAUACUCGAUAGUGGCGUGUGCCCUGACCCUCCGAUUACUGGCCUGCAAAGCUCAGAAAACCCAUACGAGUUCGAGGAGAGCUCGCCCCUCAUGGCGACAUUGGAAGGCAGACAUUAUGAGAUUGCAGAGAUUCUACUGGCAAGUGGCACUGACCCCGGCCUCUAUGGCAUGGAACAGGCUGCGAUGCUAAUUGCAGCAGGCGACAAACGAAUCGGCCAGAUGUUGAUCGACCAAGGUCUACAAGUCCACGGCGUGGAUGCUGCAGACCAUAGCACCAUGCUGCAUAAACUCUGCAAUAUAGAACACGUUCCCAUGGCUGCUAUUGAAUUGCUCCUUGAGAACGGACUUGACAUCAACCAAGCCAACGCCAAUCAAGAGAGCCCGCUCAAUUGGGCAAUCCGAUUCGGCAAGCCCACAUCGACUCAGCAGGAUAUCGUCCGCCUUCUCCUCUCCCGAGGCGCGCCAAUAAAUGAGCCGUGUAAUGCCAAUGGAGAUUUCCCGAUUCACGUCGCGGUCGCAUUGGGCGAAACCCAAAUGGUAAGGCUCCUUAUCCAAAUGGGCACAUCGGUCAAUGCUGUUAACAAUCAGGACUCUACUCCACUCGGUGUCUUGGGCUCCCUGGGCUUUGAGAACUACUGUAACGACCACGAAUAUGAGACGGCCAAAGCUCUUCUGAAUGGCGGGGCGUCGUUACAGCGGAACCUCUCCUGGGCGGCACGGCUGAUAAAGAGAGCUGCAAGAAGUGGGCAUGUCAAUUACGUCCGUCUGCUUCUCGGCGCUUGGAAAAGUCAAGUACCCCAGCGGCAACCACUGUCACUUCCAGCUCGUUUUCUCGCAGCGGCUGCGCUGGGAGAUGUUCAAAUGAUGCAGGAUGUGCUGGACAUCGACCGGGAAUUCUUCUAUACCCUACCAGCAGCCAACCCGUCGGUCCUUGAGGUUGUAGUCAGAAGUGGGAGCCAAAAGGCUGUUCGAUUUAUUACCAGCAAAAUACACUACUGGCCAGGGAACCAUAAGGUCACACUUCGCCAUGCCCUAGCUCACGGAACAGAGGAAACGAUUCGCUUCCUACUCGCACACUUCAGCAUUAUCAAAACAAGGGAUCUAAUCAAGGCAGUUGAAAGAGACUCACCCGCAACGCUCACACUUCUUCUAGGUCGGCUGAACGAACUCAUUUCGGAGAGAGACCAAUCAUCGCCUGAGGAUGCACUCGAGUUCGAUGACGACGAGAAAAUCACACAAAAUAUCAGCCAAGCAUUGAAGGCUGCAGCGACAAUUGGCAAGGUCGAAGCGGCCAGUCUAUUAUUGUCAUUCAUAGCAGGGCACAGGCUGGACUGCAGUCAAAACCACCUCCCUCUAAUUAUAGCGACAACGCACGGGCACGAAGUAAUCGCUCUGAUGAUAAUCCGCCAGGGACAAGCACUCAACACUCCUGACCAAACCGGAAAAACACCCCUAAUGUACGCAGCAAGUUUUGGAAGAAUAACUCUUAUGAGAGCAUUGAUCAAAGCUGGAGCUGACCCAAGAAUGACAGAUUCAGAUGGCAGGUCUGCAAUUCUCUUGGCAGCCGCAGAAAAGCAGCACGACGCCGUCCGAUACCUCAUGGAGACAUUCCCGCUCUCCACGCUUCUACCCCCUGGAAAUAUCAAGACGGAGGCGGCACGGGCGAAUCUCAUAGCUUACGCCGCCCGGUAUCGCAUCCCCGACCUCGGAGACUAUCUAAUGACCCAUCCCGACAUCUACGAAAACCUCUUUUAUCUCUACUUCUGGGCCGCCCGUCACGGCAAGGCGCACCUCGUGGACGUUCUUCUCAGCCACACCCCGCUCAAGCUACUGCAGCGAGAGUCAUACCUACGUAGGCGAGAAGAAAUAACCGAGCCCGCUUUGGUCUAUGCUACUUCUGCCCCGGCGGAGAGGCUUAAAGCGGCAAACGCUCUGCUCCACCACGGGGUAGACGUCAAUUUGGAUGAUCUUAAGGGCAGAACGGCUUUGUCAUAUGCUGCGGAGAAUGACUACGUGGACACCGCGAGACUUCUGGUCGCUGCAGGCGCAAAUACAAUAAAGGCUGACAAAAAGAAGAAGACACCCCUCCAUUAUGCCUCGAGCGACGAAAUGAUUAGAAUUCCGUAUUCUGGAAGCUGA